CUGAGUAACGCAGCAGUCACCGCGCGGCAGUCCUGACUGCGAUUUCGACCGCACCGUGCCUAACGGUUAUUUUAAUUUAUUAUUUUUUUUGUUGCUUAUCAUUUUUAGUUAAUUUUUUUGCGUUUUUGUUUUUGUUCAAAUACAUUUAACGAUUGUUUUAAUUUUUAACAUAGUAUUGGAUAACGACCUUACAAUGAAUAACUCGACAAAUUUUAAUUCAGUUUCUCUUAACACAUGAAGUCAUUUGUAAUUUUUGGAUCGAAUUCAUAUAAUUACUGAACUCAUCACGAUCAUCAUUUACUCGUAAGAACAAACCGAGAUGGCAUUACUAGUAGAAUCGCGGUCUUUCCGGCCGUUCAAGUCCAGUGAAGAAUACCUGUACGCUAUGAAAGAAGAUUUAGCUGAAUGGCUUAAUGGUUUAUAUCCUGAACUCUAUAUAAAUGUUAACAACUUUAUGGAUAGACUUGAUACUGGCGUUGCUCUAUGCAAGCAUGCUAAUUGCGUGAGGAAUUAUGCCGAAGACCACGUGAACCGGAGACAAGCGGCCGGAAAGUCUAAUAUUAGCGGCAUUGCUACCAUAGUUCUUCAGUUACCAGCCGUUAGAUACCUACCCGGAGCCAAACCCGGCACGUUCUUUGCCAGAGACAAUGUUUCAAAUUUUAUUACAUGGUGUAGAAACGGAUUAGGUGUUUUUGAAUGUUUACUAUUUGAAACUGAUGACUUGAUCAUGCGCAAAAACGAAAAACAUGUAAUACUCUGUUUGUUAGAGGUGGCCAGGCGAGGUGCUAGAGUUGGUGUGCCAGCCCCAAUGUUAGUCCAAAUGGAGAGACAAAUAGACCGGGAGAUUGCAGCUGAUAAGAAGUAUGCUCAAUUUUCACAGGGUACUGAUUUUAAUGACGAAGAUGAUACAGAUUUAAGUGACGGAGAAGACCUAACUGAAUAUGGUCCAUUACCUCAAAUUGUCACAAAUGAUCUAAAGAGCUUAGAUGAAAUGGUACGAGAUUUGGUGGAAAGGUGCAAGUGCCCAACUCAAUUUCCAAUGAUUAGGGUGUCCGAGGGAAAAUACCGGAUCGGUGACACUAAAGUUUUGAUAUUCGUCAGGAUCCUCAGAAGCCACGUUAUGGUCAGAGUGGGUGGCGGAUGGGACACGCUGUCUCAUUACUUGGAUAAACACGAUCCAUGCCGAUGCAAAACUGCACAUCGAGCACCUGUGUCCGCAAAACUGACUGGAAUCAAAAGCGGCGGGCCCACGUUGGAAUUGUCGCAUGCUCAAGUCCACUACGACAGAUCACCGCCACGAACACGUAGGUCGUCAACGUCAAGCACCGGCAGCAGCGGAAAUGGUCACCCUGGCGGUCUAAGUUUGACUACUGGAGGUUUGAAUACGGCCAAACGUGCUAGUCGCCACCGAAGCAGAUCGCCAUCUCCACGCGUUACCACUAGAUUGAGCGCACCUUUAGAAACGGGCAGGCGAAGCAGAAGUCCAACCCCACGAAACAUCGAACGUUUAACUGUUCAACCGCAGAAUGGUAAUAGAUCAAGGUCUAUAACGCCCAGCCGUCAAAAAUUCUAUAGAGCAGUAUCGCCAACUGACCAUUUACUAGUGCCCAGUGCCUCUGAAGUUAACAGAAGUCGUUCAUCAUCUUUCAGCCGAAGGGGCGUGGACGACACGCCAACGGCAAAAAUAUCAGACAAUUUUACAUCAGAAUUGUCAAAAGAAUUUCAAGACCGUUUGUCAAGAGAACCUAUCGUCGAGUUAUUCGAACCCAAGAAAAAAUACUCCUUGGACGCUAUAGACGAUGGAAAAACCAUUGAUACAACGUCCACGUGCAGGGUUUCGGAUAAUUUCAGAGGGACUGAACACUAUCAUGUUCUUAAUCCAACACCUGUAAUGGCCAUCGAAAGAAGACAUUCGACAGUUAAAGAAGAAGAGUGCACUAUAGACACCACACCAGUAUAUCGAGUGUCAGACAGUUUAAGAGUUCGAAAGAAAUCGCAUUCGAGUACUAAAGAUGCUAAGAAAUCCGAACCAGUAGGUACCGACAGUGGUUCUGAAGUAUCAGACGAAGGUUACCGAAGUUUGGGAGUUGUAACCACCCCACCCGCUAAUCAAAAUUCAAAUGUUGCGCCAAAAUUUAACGGCACACCUCCGCCGGUUACACGGGUCACCCGGCCGCCACGCAGUCGUUCGGCUGGUGGCAAAGAGACGCCCAGCCCUCAACAGUCACCGUUCCGUCGGAACCGCUCUACCAAUCAAUCGUCCAGACAACCAAGAGUAUCGUCGGUGGUGAGCCGCUCGACAACGCCUACGCCUCAAAUGAGCCGCAGGUCGCCGUCCAUGGACGGACGUCCAACACCGGUGACGACUGUGGCCGCUCUCGGCAGGAACAACACUUGGAACGCUACCGGUGGUCGACACUGGACAGGCAAACAGCGGUCGCAAAUUACGGCCGACACUUUCUGUCAGCAAGUGGCCGACAUUAUCAGUCAAUACGCCGCACUGUCGCCCAGUCCGAGGAAAGAUUCGAAGCCGGACUCGGCAAUGGUGACCAGGAUCCCGGCACCCGUCCAAAGAUCUUAAGACGUUAUAUUGUGGUGAUCAUCUUUUUUACCAGUAUUGCCUCAUCUUUAUACGAAAUUCUCCUUUUCUACCUUUAUAUUUCCUUAUUUCUAAUUUUCGGUUUUCCCCACUCCACACAUCUCCUCGAAAACAAGUUAUUUGUUAUGUUUACCAACAAAUUAUAAUCUAGCGAGUCAAAUUUAGUCGCUAAUAUAUAUUUUUUGUUAUUAUAAAUAAAUUAUUGUAGUUGUUAUUAUGUACAGGGUUUAAUCGUAGAGGUAAAAUUAUUAUAUACAUGUGUAUUUAAAUUAUUAACGCUAACUGUACAACGUGAUUGUAUUUUAUAAAAUGUUAUGUUGUUUUUUGUGUCGGAGGAUUUGUAAUCGACAGAAACAACGACUUUUUGUGCAAACGGAUGGUGCUAAAAAAAUGGCCUUAACGUGUUAAGUUUAUAUCGGCGACUGCUUUACGAUUUCAUUCGUGUAGACAUGACGUGCGCGUGUUAUUAAGAAUAUAUAAUGUAAUAAUAUUAUAAUUGUGUAUAUUUUUUAAAUUACUGAUUUUAAUCUUUGUAAUAAUAAUUAUAUUUAUAAACGGCGUUCGCCGAUGGUUGUUACGAGUAAAGUCGAAAAGCAAUUCUUCUGUAAUAUUAAUUAUUAGUCAUUGAACUACUAUUAAAAUUGUAUAACCAUAUAUGAUAUAAUAAUACUAAUACUAUGUGCUCCUUUCCAUUAUUUUGAAAAAAAUCAUUAGAUUUUACCAACCUCGUCGUUGUAUUGUUAUGAUAACGAAGUCAAUAAUAAAAUAAACACGAAAAAUAUGUUUA